UCCGAUAAGCGUUGGAUGACGGCUGUCUUCCUUCUGCUCUGCCUUACACCAACUAUAACAGCGACUGUAUCAUACGAGGAUCUCUUUACCAAGGAGGAAGGUCACUUUUUCGGUGAUUCGUCUGACCACAUAACAGCGUACGACAACAUAGACGCAGAAGAGUGUGCCCGCCGCUGUCUGCAAGAUCACGGCGGCUAUGAUGACGUCAAUCCGACAUGUCUGUCCUUCAACCAUCGCCCUGCCGGAUCGCCAGAGGGCGGCAGUGCACGGUGUUGGAUCAGUAGUUCUGACAAGGACACGGCGGCAUCUCCUGGUCCUGAGUGGGACAGUUGGCCUUACCGAAAUUACUACCAGAGGAAACACAUUCUGGCGCCCCAAGAUUGUACUGACGUGUUCGCACUCGGGAUUCAGUACAGUCAUGUUUACACCAUCGGCCACCCACAACCAUUCCAAGCCUACUGUGACAUGGACACUGAUGGCGGAGGCUGGACGGUCAUACAGCGGCGUCAGGACGGGUCUGUGCCGUUUGACAGGACUUGGACUGAGUACGAGCAGGGAUUCGGCAAUUCUAGUGGGGAAUACUGGCUGGGAUUGGGGAACAUUCACAGCCUGACAAUACAGAAACAAAACGAACUGUACGUGUACUUGGAAGACUGGGAAACGAACAGCCGGUUUGCGCGGUACAGCACGUUUUCUGUGGGAGAUGCCAGCAGCAAGUACACGGCAACAAUCGGCGGGUACAGCGGGGAUGCAGGUGAUAGUUUGGACCCGUCCACUACACGUCACAGCAUCAACAGCAGACAGUUUUCUACAACAGACCAGGAUAACGACGGUAUCAGUACCGACUGUGCGCGUCGAUUCGGACAAGGAGGCUGGUGGUACACUCCAAGUUGUGGCAGGGCCAUGUUGAACGGGCAGUAUCUGACAGGCUGCUCAGUACCUUCAGCUUACUGCUCCAGUGCAGAUGGAAUCAUCUGGUACACUUGGUUGGGCUACAAUUAUUCAAUGAAGAAAACGGUCAUGAUGAUCAGACCAGCUGAUUUUCCAGUGUCAUCAUUCAGACCAUGUGAGAAUGGGAGAAACCUGACAUCUGGACCGGAGGAUUCCGGACUGUUCAUCUGUGCAUGUCCUGCAGGGUGGAAUGGCACGUUUUGUGAUAAGGAGUGUCAUGACGGCUUGUACGGAGCCGGCUGUACCCAAACCUGUCACUGUGCAGCCGGACCAACAGCCUGUAACAAGACGACUGGGGUAUGUACUGGAGGGUGUCUGGACUUCUGGGCUGGGGACUCUUGUCAAACACGUGAAGAUACUGUCCCGUGGUCAGAUCUCUUUUUUAAGGAUGUAGGUCGCUUCUUCGGUGACUCUCCGGACCUCAUAACGGCAUACAACGACAUAGACACAGAAGAAUGUGCCCGUCGCUGUCUGCAAGGUUAUGGCAGCUAUGAUGGCGUCAAUCCGACAUGUCUGUCCUUCAACCAUCGCCCUGCCGGAUCGCCAGAGGGCGGCAGUGCACGGUGUUGGCUCCGUAGUUCUGACACGGACACGGCGGCAUCUCCUGGUCCUGAGUGGGACAGUUGGCCUCACCGAAAUUACUACCAGAGGAAACACAUCCUGGCGCCCCAAGAUUGUGCUGACGUGUUCGCACUCGGGAUUCAGUACAGUCAUGUUUACACUAUCGGCUACCCACAACCAUUCCAAGCCUACUGUGACAUGGACACUGAUGGCGGUGGGUGGACGGUCAUACAGCGGCGUCAGGACGGGUCUGUGCCGUUUGACAGGCCUUGGACUGAGUACGAGCAGGGAUUCGGCAAUACUAGUGGAGAAUAUUGGCUGGGAUUGGGGAACAUCCACAGUCUGACAACACAGAAACAAAACGAACUGUACGUGUACCUGGAAGACUGGGAAACGAACAGCCGAUUUGCGCGGUACAGCACGUUUUCUGUGGGAGAUGCCAGCAGCAAAUACACGUCAACGAUCGGCGGAUACAGCGGGGAUGCUGGUGAUAGUUUGUACAAUUCCAAUUCACGUCACGGCAUCAACACCAGACAGUUUUCUACAACAGACCAAGAUAACGACGGCGUCAGUACCGACUGUGCUGCUACAUUCGGACAAGGAGGCUGGUGGUACACUCCAAGUUGUGGUUACGCCUUGUUGAACGGACAGUAUCUGACAGGAUGCUCAGUACCUGCUCCACCGUCCUGCUCCCAUGCAGAUGGGAUCGUCUGGAGCACUUGGUUGGGUCACAGAUAUUCAAUAAAGAAAACAGUCAUGAUGACCAGACCAGCUGAUUUUCCUGUGUCAUCAUUCAGACCAUGUGAGAAUGGGGGAAACCUGACAUCUGGACCGGAGGAUUCCGGACUGUUCGUCUGCGCAUGUCCUGCAGGGUGGAAUGGCACGUUUUGUGAUCAGGGUAAUUAA